CUCACGAUUUCUACGUGGGUCCUACAAAGUGUUGGUUAUCUUUUAUUGCUCCCUUCAAAGAUUCGAAUCGUAGUCGGGUAGAGCUCGGUAAGAUCUUUCACCCUUCCCAUCGUUACGUUGUCCACACGGUACACUAUACACACGGUCUGACUGUUGACCGCUGACUGGCUGCCAGACAAGCAGAAGGGAAAUAAUCAAUAAAUAUCCUCGGCAAAACCUUGCUGGCGGCUCAGUUGGCACGCGAAACAGAGUUCUCGAGAUGGCAGCGUUCAGCAGUGUGAUGUCUAUGGCACCGGCCCAAUCCAUAGACAUUCAGAUGCAACGUCCAUCCAUGCGCCGGAAAUCAUCAGCUCAGAACCUCCUCUCCUCCUUCAAGCCCAGUGCGGUCAAUGUCAACCACACCGGUACUGUUUCCUCCGCCACGGGACUACCAUAUGCUUCUGCUCCGACGCCAACGUCUACAGUGCCUCUCUCAAGAGAAUGGGAUGUACAGUCGUUACAAGCGGACUCCAUUGCUUCAUCUUCUGGGUCAAUGCCGAUUGUGAACGGAGGACCACAAGCAGGACAGGGAACCACAGUUGAGAUUCUGAGGGAGGUGGUGAAGAAGAGGAUCAUUACCUUGACAUAUCUGCGGAAUGUGCACGAGGGGCGAAGCCAUUGGUUCCAUACCAUCCUGAUCACUCGCCCUGAGCUCGAUCGUGUGUUCAACAAUACUGCCAUGAAGACUCGAACAUAUCGAUUCGCGAUUCUGGGCAUGUCCCUCGCAAAUUCAUUUGACGUCAAGGAUCCUCAAGACCUUCUGAGAGCUUUAUCAAAUGCAUUGAAUGAGUAUGAUCAAAACAAGGAUGAUGGUGAACGGCCGAAGAUGCGUUCACUAUUUAGACCUGGCCGAUCAAAGCGACCUCUAGGAGCUACUGAUUACGCCGUGUCAUAUUCGGAUUCAUCAGAUGCAUCAUUUCUUGUACUUCCCCACGUUCCAUUCCCUCUUGACUACCACCAAACUCUCCUGUCCCUUCUAGACGUCCUGUCGGAGGUGUAUAAUAAAAUUUCAAAAAUCCUUGGACCAUCGCCGUUUCCAAGUUCAGGGCAACACAUGAUGGGUCCUCUGGGUUUGCUUUCGCCACAUCCUGGUGUAUCAUACUUGUUCUCAGGCGCAGAUGCGGCGCCAGUGAACGAUGUUGAAAAUAGUUUGUGGGGCAUCGCACAUGCCAACCCGCCCAACGCGUCGUUGUAUGGUGGUACCCUUGGCAGCCCGCCGCCUAGCUGGAACUCAGCCAUUGGCGACUCUGUACGGCAAAUUGACGGCAGGUUAAAGAAAAUCAUAGCCAUGUUACUGAAAGAGCUCGACAACUGUGCUCGCAGGGGUAUCAGAGACGAGCUGGCAUCUCUAGAUCCCUUACUAAGGAACGUUGCUGUUCCUGAAGACGUGUAUGAUUUCGACGGAUGACGACCGGUGACCGGCUAUCCUGGAAUAUGUGUUGGAUGAUGCGCUCUUCACACUCAUCACUGCUUCAUGCUUUUGUUCACCUUGUUCAGAGGAUGAUGACUGGAAGGGCUCGAGGAUAGUAUCUCAGCUAAUUCUAUACCGCUAACUCACUCUCUAACUUUAUUCCUUGUAUGUACGUUAGUAAUUCUUUUUUUGGAUCCUCCUUUUGUAAUACUAGUUUGGGUACCCCUUUCUCUUGAUACAGUACCCGUUCUGACUUGUACAAUGGAUAGGAUCCCCAGCCACAGCAAAGUCACAAGAACAGAAGCCUUUACAACCAAGGAUCAAGAUCAAGUGACGCUUUGUCGGUAUGAGCACCGAGAUGCACUCAUACAUGCUAUCUA